AUGAAAACACCCAUUAAUGUUAGAAGUGUCCUGAACCUAUCAGAAGCAUUGUAUUUGGCCAAGGAAGCUGGUGUGACCACUACAAAUGAGAUGCAAAAAAUCAUUUUGAGUGCGCCCACCCUAUCAACUGACAAAUCGCCUUUCCUAAUUUCGAAUUUUUACAGGAACCCUUUUCGCAGGAUUCUGCAAUCACAAUCUGAACAGCAUAAUGAAUGUUUGGUAGAAAAGGAUAAUGAUAAUAAAAACAAACUAUUAAACGACACAAAAAACACUAAAAUUAAUCAGUAUAUAUCGCAUGCAUUACAACCAAACUUGUUAAAUGUUUUUAGACACAACGAUAGAUUAUGGUUACAUCAAGCUGAAGGGAGGGGUACAAGCAAAAGAGCAGUAGCAUCAGUAUGUAUUAUUAGGGGAACUGGCAAAGUAUUGGUGAAUGGGAAAGAGGAGAUAUACUACAGGUGGCCAUUGUUUUACAACCGGAUGGAUAUAGUUGAACCUUUUUACCUAGCUGGAUGUGUGGGUGUAUAUGAUUUGUAUAUAAGCGUUCGCGGUGGCGGCCCUUCGGGCCAAUCCAAAGCUGUGAGAUUGGCCAUCGCUAGGGGGCUAGUAAAUGCAUGCCCCGAAUGUUAUAAUGACUUGCAGACAGUUGACAUGUUAGUGGAAGAUUUGAGGCAGAAAAUGCCUAAGAUGCCUGGUAGAAUUGGGGCUAGAGCCCAAAGGAGAUGGGUUAAGAGGUAA